AUGGACAAUAGGCGACUGCUUGACACUCAGGGCGACUGCUUGACAGAGAGCACGCUGAUUGUCUGCGUGCUGCUGUGUGUGUCGCUGCUGGUGGGCGUGGCUGGGAACCUGCUGGUGGUCUGCGUGGUGCUAGGCAACCGCUCGCUAAGGACAGCUAAUAACGCGCUGAUCGUCAACCUGGCCGCCAGUGACCUCAUCAGGUGCGCUCUGGACACGCCCCUUUUCCUCGCCUCGCUGCUCUGGACGCCCCGGUGCACCACCAUGAACAGUGGGGUGCAGCUCCUCAGCCUGGUGGGCAUCAGUGUUGAGCGGUUCCGCUCGGUGGCGUUCCCAUUCCGCUCCGACGCCUGGCGAAGGGGGCGGGCUCGGGUUCGAGUGCAGCUGUGGGUGGCGGCCAUCUGGAUACUGGGGCUCACACUAGCGGUGGUGUCCCUAUACCUCAGCAGUGACCCCCUGCUCUACAUGAUGUGCUCCCACCUGCAGCCACCAGGGGGCCUCACUCUCCUCCACACGCACACUAACCUGGUGUGGGUUGACGGGUUCGGUCCGCUGGUGCUGGUGCCGGUGUGGGCCUGCUGCCUGGUUCUGAUGGCGCUGCACUACGGACGUCUCUUCCUGCUGGUCCGCCAGCACUCCCAUCGCAUCUUCGACCGCGGCGUGCAGCUCAGGCUCUCCCUCGCCAAGGCGGGGAAGGGGGGCGGCGCCCACGGUCAUGGCCACGCCCACGCCCAGGGGGGAUGGCAGCGGGCGGCACAGAGGACCAGGAGCCCAGCUCUUCCACCUCCUCCAAGCAGCCGGAGACCCAUUGAUGAACAGCACCCACCUGUACAACACUCGAUUACCGCGGAGAUGACCCCUAAGGUGGUACGCAUCGUUACCACGGAGACAACCCCAGAGGCGGUGCGCUCGGUCACCGUGGCUGCGACCAGUGAGGUGUCGGGUACCGUUUCUAUGGCUACGACUCCUACAGCUCCUCCUGAGAUGGUGCCGUCGUCCGUUACCAUGGCGGUGAUCCCCGAGGUGGUGCGUACGGUUUCCGUGGCGGCGACCCCGGCGAUCGUGGGGGCGGUGUGCAUCCUGACCCCCGUGGCCCGCGAGCUGGGACAGAAGCGGCUGGAGGGGGAGCUGGCCAAGAGGUGCGGAGGCAUCACCAUCAUCGCAAUUCAGGGCAGUCAUGGGUGCGGAGGCAUCAUCAUCGCAAUCCUGCUCUGCUGGCUACCACUGGCCAUAUGCCUUACUAUCAACACCACAGGACCACAGGGUUGGCUUCUGCGUGAGCUGCAGACGUGUGCGAUGGUGUUGACCUGCGUUCCCGCGGCGAUACAUCCUCUAAUCUACUCCCUGCUGAACCGCCAGCUGAGAGCAGAGAUGCAGCACACACUCACCGCGCUACGCACACACACACUCACCGUGCUACGCAGCUGCAGGAGGCAAUAA